AUGCUUUUACUCAUGGGUACUCUCUCCCUGUUGACCUUGAUUCUCAGGCAUGGUUUGCUUAGUCAAGUGCUUCUCAUCACCUUACACCCUUUCAAAAUUAUCUGCACAAUAGCAAACCCUAUAGAGGCAAAUGCCAGGUUUAUGUUGGUAAUGGACAAAGUCUCCAUAUUAGAACCAUUGGUACCUCUUACAACACCAAUAAUACCUCAGUCACCCUCUAGUAUGCUCCCUAGUUCAAAAAUUAUUGUUAAAUUUGUACCACAAAUACCACCUCAGUCACCCUCUAAUCUACUUCCUAUCUCUCUUGAUAGUGAUAAUACAUUGUCUCACUUGUCUCCAUCCCACUCUUAA